CCUUGGGGAGGUUACUUACCUUCUCCGUCUCAACAACUUCUGUAAAAUCUGUAACAUGAGAUUGUUUCUGAGGGUUAAAUGAGCAUAGCACAGUGGGGACACUGUCAGGCACACACUACUUGCCAGAUGUCGAGUAUUCAUCUUUAUUGAAAUAGGACUGUGGUAAGCCACUUUAUGGCUCUCGAUUUUGUAUGAGAAAAUCAUGCUUAGUACCUUGUUAGUAAAAGAAAGAAAACCUGAAAGUCCCUGCCAUGGAAGGAAGAAAUAGUGGGGAGAAAAGGGAGUUGGUAAGUUUCAGCAUUUCAGAGCUUGGAGGGACAAGUUAGGUUUCUAUUUUAUGGAGAAGGAGGUGGAGGCAGGAUGGGUCCUAAGGUGUCAUUCAACACACACAGCCAUAACUCUUUAUUGAGAGUAGAGCUAGGGCCCCAGGGAUUGCUGUGGUCAAGUUGCGGACAAAAAUGACCACUCGUUGGAAGACAGGAGAGGAGUGUUUAGUUACAAAAGCAGUCAACAAUUCAGGUGUAUCUAUAUUCAGUCAGCAAAUAAAAGUUGUUCAACUUGGUUGCUAAUGGGACCCACUCUACUGAGGCUUUGUAUAGAACUCAUAGAGGAAGAUGGCUUCAAGUAAUGAACUACCCUGUGCUUUUCUUAGGACUAAAAUCUCAGGAAGCUGGUGAUGAAUGAAAACCUUAGUCCCACUGGCACUGCACGAGGGGCCAGGAGAGCAGCAGCAUCAUAAGCCACAGGGUGGGGCAGCCAAGGCAGGGGCAUUCUGAGCUGUUGGGGAGGGGUGGCAGGCAGGGUGGGGCACUGUGAGCUGUCGGGGAGGGCAUUGUGAAGUGUGGGGUGGGGCAUUGUGUGCCACAUGCCUGGGCUCCCACCUGGGACCAGUGGGCUUCAGUCUGUAGGUGACUACGGAAGGAGGAGGAGCUCCAUCUGUUCUCUCUUCAGGCAGUUGUUGUGUCUCUCAGCGCUUGUUGGGUUCACAACCUAUUAAAUAAGCUGGCUGGUCUUCACCCUCCCAGACAAGUCAACUCAGGGGAGGCAGCAGGGUGCGGGCCUUGGCCUGCAGCCCUAGCCGGGGCCGGGGCUGCGGCUGGGGCCAGGGCUGGUGCCCGGGGCCGCGCUGUGAGGUGGGCAGGCGAGGAGCGGGAAGACCAUCUCUGCAAGUGCAGCAUAGCCUUGGCCUAGGACAGCGGGAGUGCGUGGCCAAAGCUGUGAGCAGAGGCACAGGUGGUGGCAGACAGUAGAGGCGCCCCAUGGGGAACAUACUGACCUGUCGUGUGCACCCUAGCGUCAGCCUCGAGUUUGACCAGCAGCAGAGGUCGGUGUGUCCCUCUGAAUCUGAGAUCUAUGAGGCAGGAACUGGGGACAGGAUGGCAGGAGCGCCCAUGGCUGCUGCUGUACAGCCUGCUGAGGUGACUGUUGAAGUUGGUGAGGACCUCCACAUGCACCACAUUCAUGACCGGGAGAUGCCUGAAGCUUUGGAGUUUAACCUUUCUGCCAAUCCAGAGUCAAGCACAAUAUUCCAGAGGAACUCUCAAACAGAUGCUUUAGAGUUUAACCCUUCUGCCAAUCCAGAGGCAAGCACAAUAUUCCAGAGGAACUCUCAAACAGAUGUUAUAGAAAUAAGAAGAAGCAACUGUGCAAACCAUGUAUCUACUGAGCGUUUCAGUCAACAAUACGGCUCGUGUUCGACAAUAUUCCUUGAUGACAGCACAGCCAGCCAGCAUUAUCUUACAAUGACAAUAAUAUCUGUGACCUUGGAGAUACCUCAUCAUAUCACACAAAGGGAUGCAGAUAGAUCUUUGAGGACACUUGAUGAACAGUUACACUCAUUUGCGCUAAGUGGCACUUUUAUUGAGGUUUCCACCGUGCACAUUACGAAGAAAAGAAAUGGAGGUGGGAGUUUAAAUAACUAUUCCUCCUCCAUUCCAUCGACUCCCAGCACCAGCCAGGAGGACCUUCAGUUCAGUGUUCCUCCCACUGCCAACACACCCACGCCCGUUUGCAAGCGGUCCAUGCGCUGGUCCAACCUGUUUACAUCUGAGAAAGGGACUGACCCAGACAAAGAGAGGAAAGCCCCGGAGAAUCACGCUGACACCAUCAGGAGCGGCAGAGCCAUCCCCAUUAAACAGGGCAUGCUCUUAAAGCGAAGUGGGAAAUGGCUGAAGACAUGGAAAAAGAAAUAUGUCACCCUGUGUUCCAAUGGCGUGCUCACCUAUUAUUCAAGCUUAGGUGAUUAUAUGAAGAAUAUUCAUAAAAAAGAGAUUGACCUUCAGACAUCUACCAUCAAAGUCCCAGGAAAGUGGCCAUCCCUAGGCACAUCGGCCUGCGCACCCAUCUCCAGCUCUAAAAGCAAUGGCCUAUCCAAGGACAUGGACACCGGGCUGGGUGACUCCAUAUGCUUCAGCCCCAGUAUCUCCAGCACCACCAGCCCCAAGCUCAACCCGCCCCCCUCUCCUCAUGCCAAUAAAAAGAAACACCUAAAGAAGAAAAGCACCAACAACUUUAUGAUUGUGUCUGUCACUGGCCAAAUGUGGCACUUUGAAGCCACGACGUAUGAGGAGCGGGAUGCAUGGGUCCAAGCCAUCCAGAGCCAGAUCCUGGCCAGCCUGCAGUCAUGCGAGAGCAGUAAAAGCAAGUCCCAGCUGACCAGCCAGAGUGAGGCCAUGGCCCUGCAGUUGAUCCAAAACAUGCGUGGGAACUCCCACUGUGUGGACUGUGAGACCCAGAAUCCUAAGUGGGCCAGUUUGAACUUGGGAGUCCUCAUGUGUAUUGAAUGCUCAGGAAUCCACCGCAGUCUUGGCACCCGCCUUUCCCGUGUGCGAUCUCUGGAGCUGGAUGACUGGCCAGUUGAGCUCAGGAAGGUUAUGUCAUUUAUUGGCAAUGACCUAGCCAACAGCAUCUGGGAAGGGAGCAGCCAGGGGCGGACAAAACCCUCAGUAAAGUCCAUGAGGGAGGAGAAGGAACAGUGGAUCCGUUCCAAAUAUGAGGAGAAGCUCUUUCUGGCCCCACUACCCUGCACUGAUCUGUCCCUGGGCCAGCACCUGCUGCGGGCCACCGCUGAUGAGGACCUGCAGACAGCCAUCCUGCUGCUGGCACAUGGGUCCCGUGAGGAGGUGAACGAGACCUGUGGGGAGGGAGACGGCUGCACGACGCUCCAUCUGGCCUGCCGCAAGGGGAAUGUGGUCCUGGCACAGCUCCUGAUCUGGUACGGGGUGGACGUCAUGGCCCGAGAUGCCCACGGGAACACAGCGCUGACCUACGCCCGGCAGGCCUCCAGCCAGGAGUGCAUCAACGUGCUUCUGCAGUACGGCUGCCCCGACGAGUGCGUGUAGUAUCUGUUUUAUUUGACUGCAGUCUCCUUGGUGCAAAAACAAAAUGGGAAAAAUAAGGAUAACUCAGAAUUUCAAAAGGAAAUCACAAAUUCAGCUAGUAAUAGCAUUUUCAGUACUUUUCGUAAACUAAGUAAAUACACAAAAUGUUGAUUUUUCUGACCAUAAGACAUAUUUUAUGUCCUUUUGCCAAGGUGGAUGUGUUAGUCUCAGGCCCUCCUGGCCACAUUGCCCAAGUCACACAGGCUUCUGUAUUAUGUAUUUAGAUAAAAUGUGUGAAAAUAUAUUUGAAAAAAAGUUCAUAAAUAUGCAUUGAUUUUUGUACACAUGGCACCUCUUUUUCAUUUUUAUUUUUAUUUUUUUUUUGGAUGAUGUUUUGCUCUGUUGCCCCAGCUGGAGUGCAGUGGCGUGAUAUCUGCUCACUGCAAGCUCUGCCUCCCGGAUUCACACCAUUCUCCUGUCUCAGCCUCUCAGGUAGCUGGGACUACAGGUGCCUGCCACCACACCUGGCUAAUUUUUUGUAUUUUUAGUAGAGACGUGGUUUCACCAUGUUAGCCAGGAUGGUCUCGAACUCCUGACCUCAUGAUCCACCUGCCUCGGCCUCCCAAAGUGUUGGGAUUACAGGCGUGAGCCACCGUGCCCAGCCCAUGGCACCUCUCUUAAUUUAUAAAUUGAACUGGAUGUGAAGUAAUGUCAGCUAGUUGAGAUAAGAGAGUUACAGUUCGGCUGGGCGCAGUGGCUCACACCUGUAAUCCUAGCACUUUGGGAGGCCUAGGCGGACUGAUCACCAGGUCAGGAGAUCGAGACCAUCCUGGCUAACAUCAUGAAACCCCAUCUCUACUAAAAAAUACAAAAAAUUAGCUGGGCAUGGCCAGGCGUGGUGGCUCACACCUGUAAUCCCAGCACUUUGGGAGGCCGAGGCAGGCGGAUCAUGAGGUCAGGAGAUCAAGACCAUCCUGGCUAACAUGGUGAAACCCCAUCUCUGCUAAAAAUACAAAAAAAAAAAAAAAAAAAAAAUUAGCCAGGUGUGGUGGCGGGCACCUGUAGUCCCAGCUACUCGGGAGGCUGAGGCAGGAGAAUGGCAUGAACCCAGGAGGCGGAGCUUGCAAUGAGCUGAGAUUGCACCACUGCACUCCAGCCUGGGCGACCAAGCGAGACUCCAUCUCAAAAAAAAAAAAUUAGCUGGGCGUGGUGGCGGGCACCUGUAGUCCCAGCUACUUGGGAGGCUGAGGCAGGAGAAUGGCAUGAACUCAGGAGGCAAAGCUUGCAGUGAGCAGAGAUUGUGCCACUGCACUCCGGCCUGGGCAACAGAGCGAGACUCGGUCUCAAAAAAAAAGAAAAAGAGGGUUACAGAUCAUUGCACAUGGAAAAUAUUCCCAGCAGUAAACACUUCCAUUAAUGUGAUCUACAGCUUUUAAAAAGGAGCAUCUCAGAAUAAGAUGGUGGUACAAUUUGCUUAUUGAGAAAGGAAAAAAAAACACGAGUAUAUUACAAAGGGAAAAGAAGGAAUGUGAUUUCUCAUGAUUGAAAGCUUGAUUUAGAUUGCAUACAGCUUUUGCUACCCAAGACCAAGAGGCUCUGGCAAGACAGGGUGGUUUUCCGAAUGCCAGACCGAGGUGCCUUAGGAAGGCAGCUGCCGAUGGUUCCAGAUGUAGAGAGAUAGGUGAUGCAGGAGGGAAAGCUGGAUUGGAAAAGGGAGAGUUUUGUAGACGGGCUACGCUCAUUGUGCCUUUGAAAGAGCAGAGCCGGCAGCCUCUAGUCAUCAUUUGGAUAUACAGGACUAGAGCAUGAAUCUGAUGUAGAGCUACAGAAUGAAGAGCAACAGCAGCUGUUGAAAUACCGAGAAAGUGUGUAGAAUGAAAUUGGACAAGCCAAGCAUGGUGGUUUCAUGCCUUUAGUCCUAGCUACUUCGGAGGCUGAGGUGGGGGAAUUACUUGAGCUCAGCAGUUUGAGUCCAGCCUGGGCCAGAUGGUGAGACCCUGUAUCUUAAGAAAAGAAAAAAUAAGACCAGGUACAGUAUCUCAUGCCUGUAAUCCCAGCACUUUGGGAGGCCAAGUUGAGAGGACUGCUCGAGUGUAGGAGUUCAAGACCAGACUGGGCAAUAAAGUGAGACGCAUUUCUACCAAAAAAAAAAAAAUCAAGAAAUUAGCUGGACAUGGUGGCACAUGCCUGUGGCCCAAGUUACAUGGCAUGGCAGGCUGAGGCAGGAAGAUCACUUGAGCCCAGGUGGUGGAGGCUGCAGUGACCCAUAUUCAUGCCACUGCACUCCAGCCUGGGCAACAGAGUGAGACCCUCUCUCAAAAAGAGAUAAAGUAGACAGAAAAUAGGUCAGUAAGGACUAAUCAUUUAAGGGACAAGCCCCCAGAAGAGUGGCUACUAGAGUGGGAGGAGGAAAAGCAGAAAGAGAAAGAGUUGAAGAUAGGCGAGGCUGUGGUCCCAGUGCUGAAUUCUGCCAAGCAGUGACUUGAUUCAUGAACACUCACUGGAUGCUGACUCUGUUGCUCUUCUGAGUGCUGGGGUAGAGGAGAGGUGGAGCACAGUUCUUGCUUUUAUGAGCUUAUGUUCUAGGAAGUUCAAGUAUUUUUUCAGGUAGUAUGAAAUAGCAGGAAGAGGAAGCAGGCUGAAGGGACACAGAGUGAUUGGGGGCUAUUUUAAGUAGAAUGAUAAGGAAGAGCCUGUCUAGAGAGCUAUUUGAACAGUGACCUGACUGAAGGGACAACAGAAAGCAGUGCUGACAUUACAGGUAGCAGGAUGACUGCCAAGACAGAAACGCAUUUCAUAUGUGUUUGAGGAACAAACAGCAAGGUGACCAGCAUGGGGAGAGUGAAAAAUGAGGGAAACCUUGAAUGAGAAUAAAGCAAUUCCAUCUUGGAUGCUAAUCUGCCAUGUUCUGAUUAAUUCCAGUUCCAAGAAUUCAUCUAUGAUUUCUAUUUUAUCUUUUUAAAAAAUAUAUUUUUUAUUUUUUGAGACUGAGUCUCACUCUGUCUCCCAGAUUGGACUGCAGUGGCACAAUCUCAGCUCACUGCAAACUUCACCUCCUGGGUUCAAGCGAUUCUCCUGCCUCAGCUUCCCGAGUAACUGGGAUUACAGGCGCCUGCCACCACGCCUGGCUAAUUUUUGUAUUUGUAGUAGAGACGAGGUUUUACCAUGUUGGCCAGGCUGGUCUGGAACUCCUGACCUCAGGUGAUCUGCCCACCUUGGCCUCCCAAAGAGCUGGGAUUACAGGCGUGAGCCACCAUGUCUGGCCAUACACAUCCCUGCUGAAGCCCGCAUUACCCUUUCCCUAUUCUAUAUAAGCCCUGGGUCGGGGAGGUGGGGGUAAUGGUGCAGGGAUCCACCAUCUUAUCUUGGUGCCAUCCCUGACUUGGCUUCUGUUCAUAAACGCCUAUUAAAUGUUUCUUUCUGAGAAA